AUGGGGUUUUUCUCGUUUGCAAGCCGGGGCGCGGCAAAGAAGAUCUUGUUGAAUCCUCCUAAGAGUUUCCACGACUGGAAACCCAAGUUCUUCUUCAUCAGGGAAGAAGUCUUGCCGAUUGCCAUGCCCUUUAGGGACUGGACUGAGGCCAUACUCAAGGAAGAUCUUCCCAUCCCAAAAACUGCUCGGUGGUACCAGCAGCUAACCCCAACCCCAAAUCGGGUUUUUGGGGAAAAUGUGUUGGUUGCUGCUAAGAUGAGUGACCAGUGGUUGCCUAGCAGCAGAGAGGUUCCGGUUUUGAAGAUCGGCGAUCAAGAAGCGCAACUCUAUCAAGCUGCCUUCUCGACAUUUGGUGGCCCCAUGGGCGUUCGCCCAUUGCGCGAUGACGAGGAAAGCUGGUAUGACCAGAUUAAAGGAAACUUCAUGUUUCCUGCUGCUGAUGCUUUCGCUUCACCGCCGACCGCUACUGAAGCUAAGGGGAAGACCGGUGCUGGUGGGUCGAAGAGUUCUGGGAGCGCGGGUUCUCGUAACCCUGAAGCUGGCGCGACUCCAUCUUUUCCUGAAGAUGACGAAGCAGAAGAAGAAGAUGCCGGUGCUCGGCUUAUUGGGCGGAAGAGGGGUAGGAGCGAAGCCACGACUGGUGUGGCUUCCGCCCCUACAUCUGUUGUGAUUCCCGUGGUUGGGAAAACGAGCAAGCUGCGCUCGUUAUACAAAUUUUCUCCUGAAAUCAAGAAGAAGACCCCUGAGAAGGGUGUCACGUUUAGUGAGGCUGCGGCGAAGAGGCCCAAGAUUACCGUCAAGUCCACUAACACUGCUGCUCAGGAUGCCGCGAAGGCUGCUGAGGCGCAGCGAAAGGUGGAGGAGGAUCGGAAGAGAGAGGAGGAGAAGAAGAGAGUUGCGGAAGAGAAGAAAAAGAAAGAAGAAGAGAGGAAGAAGAUAGAGGAGGAGAGAAAGAAAAAAGAGGAGGAGGAGAGGAAGCAGAGGGCGGAGCAGGAGAGGUUGGCUGAAGUGGCGAGGAAGCAGGCCUUGGAGAAGGAGCUAACGGCGAAAAAGGCUAUGGAUCAGCCUCUUAAAUCUCCAGGUCCUGAGGUCACCAAACCAACCCACACCGGUCCUGUUAUUACUUCCAAGGGUUCCAGCCGCUUCUCCUCAAGCGGCGCGAGCUCUGGUGGAGCUGGGGGUUAUAACCCCAAUGUGAUAGGUGCGAAGGACACCGUUGGGGAUAUUUACUACAAGACUUACAAUGAAGAAGAAUGUGGUGACGCUCCUCAUCAAGCCCCCUGGAGUUUAAAACAGAAAGAUACCUUCAUUGAGUUCAGCCCUGCGCGCGAGUGGUUCUUGAACUCCUUUACACCUGCUGAAGUCAAUCGGCAAAGGGCGAAACCUCACGAAAUGUUGUAUCGUACUUAUAUCCUUGGCGAGGCCAACGCUCGUGCUGCCAACCAUCAAAUAGUUCGCGAAUGGCGAACGAUGGUUAGGGAGCGCGCCGACUGGGAGGCUUAUCGCGAGCGUAUGCUGAAACGUAUUGCUGAAUUUGAAAAAUCUAAAGCCGCAUUUGGUGAGGAGAGGGCCAAGUUUGAGGCUGACAAGAAGGCUGAAGAGUGGGGCCGCGAGGGGCUGCAGAAAAAACUCCACAAUGUUGAAGAGCAACUGGCCAAGGAGAAGGCCGAUUUUAAACGUAUUUGUGCCCAAGACAACGAGCGCGCCUAUGCGGCUCGACAGAAGAUAGUUGAUCUUGAGGCUAAAGUUGCUGACUUGACCUCGAAGGUAGAGGAGGCGCAGGGAGAGAAGGCUGCCAAACAGCAGGUGGAGGUUGAAUUGUCUGAGGUCAAACUACAGCUGUCCAGCAAGGACAGAGAUCUCCACGCCAAGGACGCUGAGAUUGCGGAGCUCAAACGUCGCUUAAACGAGCAAAUUGACAGAUGCGAGUCGUUGGAGAUCGACCUGGAAGCCGAGAGGGUUAAGGCUGCUACGGCUGAGGAGGCGCGUGCUGUUAGCACUGCUGCGCUGAAUGUGGCCCAAACCAACUACUCCGAGGCUCAAGGCAUCGUCGAUACGCUUGUCUCAGAAGCUGAAUGGAUGCGCACUCGUGGAGUAGUGCUGGUAAGUGCCUUUGUCUUAUGCUUUUUCUUGUUGAGAGUUUUAUCUUUAAUGCUUUUUGUUUUUUGUGAAGGUUGCCAACUCCAUCCUGAAUGCGGGCGAGCUAGACCGCGCCGUAGCGGCUCUGACAGAUGCGGCGCGUGCGGUGGGUCAUCGGGGAGGCUACCUGGAGUGUGCCGAUCACGUUGA